CGGAGACAGUGUCAGUCCAUGGUCGACUCUCGUCGAGAUAGCUUCUGUAAUUUAGAAACGGCACACAAUGUUUGAAGCCGAGAAUGGUCCGAUCCUCGGCAAUAAUUUGACAGCUGUCGAUGCUAUCUCGACGAAAUUAGCAGAGGUUACGCAUCUCGCAGAAAAAUUGGAUGCGAGACUGUGCGAAGCUGGAGCUAGAACUCGACCGAUGUCUAUUCCUACGAAUGUUGCGACGUCCUCUGCUUCGUCUUUGCUCUCGAUAUCUGGCUUGUCGCCGUCAAGCGCGACCAUACGUACAGCUUCUAAUACAGCUGCAUCAUUGAAUAUGACAGCUACAGCUGUACCUGUAAUUUCUCAAAUGCAUCCAAUAAAUUCGGGAACUGUAGCUACAAGAGUUAAGUCUGAUGUCAUUAAAUCCAUUAUUCCUUCGACGGAAAAAUUCGAUGAGAAUUUACAUCAUACUCAUUCGCAUUCCACAGAGAACGUUGAUUCAUGGAAUAGAAAUUUUAAUAUUAAGGAACUUACUGAAAAUUCUCAUAGCGAAAGUGCAACAGGAGAAUAUAAUGUAGAGGGUUAUACAACAGCAACUGAAUGUUCAACAUCUCCACCUCCGCGUUCGAGAAGCGAAUCUUUCGUAACAUCACCGGAAUGCGAAGAUCUUUCCAUCACACCUACGACGACAUAUUCUGAUUUUAUUAUUGGGUGGACGGAGAAGCCAAAAUUAACAACUACGAUUGCUUCCCUUAUUUCUACUCCAAAUAAUGAAAACCAGAAAAAUGCUAAAGUGAUAUCAAAUAUUUCCAAUAUCAGCGAAAUAAAACCAACGUCACGAAUAGAAACAAUCGAUAAAAUUACUAAUGAAAAGUCAAACAGAAUUGUGAAAGAAGUUACUGAGACAACCGUUUUACGAGUAUCGCACGAGGUUCGAUUAGACGUAGCCUCAUAUAAAGUGAUAUCAAAUACCAUACAAGAUCAUCAAUACAAUAUCGACGUGAAAGCUAUUCAAAAUGCAGAACGUACAUUAAAAGAAGGAUCAAGCGAAAAAACAGAUGACAUUCACCAAUCUGAUUUAUCGCCAUUUAAAAAAUCUAAAAAUUCUAUUGACAAAAAGAUCCAAUCGAAUCAAAAUGCUGAAACAAAUCUCACAAAAACCCAAGAACAUAUGUUGAACAAAAGCACAUGCAUUAAUCUGAAAGAGUACGAAGGUGCACCAUUGUCUUCGCAAGCUCUUUUACAACUUCAUGAAAAUAGUGGAAUUAAAAUAUCAUCGAUGAAAAAGGAUAAUAAUUUAGAAAGUGAAAAUUUUCUUGAAAAAGCGAGAAAGAGCGGCGAAUGGUUAAAGCUGAAAAUACUCGAAUUCCAACCAGGACUAACAAAACUUGGUGCUUCUGUAAAAGAAGCCACAGAAUUCUUGAACGCACAUGAUCAGAUAUUACUUCGAUUACAGAAUAAACAAAGCCCGGUGGAAGAAUUAUUGCGACAAGCUGAUCAAUUAAUCGCAACCCAAAAACCAAGAGCAGAAGUAUAUACUGCUAUGGCGGAGACAUUAGGUCAGGCAUGGCACGAUGUAAAUCAACUUUUAGAUCGUCGUAAGGAGAUACUCGACCGAAAUGUAUCAUUUCAAUGUCGCGCGGCAGAAUGUAGAGAAAAUAUGGAGGCAUUGGAAAUGGCGUGUAAUGACACGUUACUACCGAUCGAGAAAGAAGCAGUAAAAAAUUUUCUGUCAAAGAUUCAAGAUCUUCGUAAAGAUAUGUUGGAAGCAUUGAUGGGUGCAUUACGGGAGGGUAAGACAUUGCUAGAUGGACUCAAGGAAUUAGUAAGCGAAGGCACUUUAGAUUCUAGACCAGAUACAAUUAAAGAUGAAGCUAAUCAUGCUGUGUUACGAGUUGAAAAAUGGCUGGAAGAACUUCAUGAUAGAAGGCGGCUGAUUGAAACAUCUUUUCGUAGCAGAAAAACUCAGUUGGAACAAUGUCUUGCUCUCGCAUUGCUCGCGACUGAUCUUCGUGAUCUUGAAGAAAUUCUCAAUGAUAGAAUUGUCGGACUAGAGAGUAAUUGCGAUCAGUUGGGAAAUUCUGCAUCUAAUGCAGAACUACUUCUUUUUGAAUUAACAAAGUUGCAAGUGGAAGCAAAGGAUUUUCAAGAUAAGGCCAUUAAAAUAACUAAAUCGACCGAACGAUUAGUGUCAUCAGGACACUUUGCAGGCGAACAAGCGACCAAACAGGCGUAUGCGAUUCUUAGCACCGCCGCCGAUUAUAUCAACGAUUUAGAUCAAUACAAUAUAUUGCUGAAUAGGACAAUAGCUUUUUUCAAUCUUGCACAAUCGGCUUUUACAAAACUGGACCAGCUGGAAGUUCAAUUAAUGACAACAGAGUAUCCUUCUUAUUCUGCACAACUCGCACAUUUUCACGAGCAGACAGUGGCUACGAUAGAAGACAUAACCUUGAAACCAUUGUCAGAAGGAUAUGCGCUUCUAGAUAUCACAAAACAAGCAUCUGGUGCUGAGGGUAUAAGAAAUACUGUAGAAAAAUUGGAGAAUCGCAAACUUUGUUUGAUGGAACGGUGUACGGCUCAUAAAGAAGAAAAUUUGGAAGUCUCAAGAAUACUUGCUAUAUUUUUAGAUAAGCAUGAUGCAUUACGAUCUUGGUUAACUAAUACAGUCAAUACCUUUCUUCAAAUGCAUCAAGAUAUGGGCAAUAAUCUGGUGAUGGCAUGCGAUUUUCGUCGAAUUCACUGUCAAUUACUAACUGAAUUGGAACAUAAAAGUGAAGAAGUAGAUCAUUUAGAAUUGGAAAUUCUUCCAAUUAUAGAACGUCUGGACGAAAUACAGAAAUACGAAUUACGAUUAAAAAUAAAAAGUCUUGAAGACGAAUGGACAAAAACAAAGAUUGCAUUGAUGAAAAGAAUUGAAUUGGGUACUAUUUAUAUGCAAUUUCAUGAGAUUGUAGAAGAAUUGGAUCAUGAAAUAGAUUCUAUCGAUAAUGAAUUAAAAAAAUAUGGAGAUAUAUUAGAUGAAGCUAAAUUUAAUGAACUAGAAAGAAGAUGGAAAUCUUCGGAGCCUUUUUAUAAGAAACUUCAAAAUCAUGCAAAUAUAUUUCUCAAUGAAACAAAUAACACUGAUGACUCUUAUCUUGACGUAUCACGAGCUUGUCUAUGUGUGCGGAGUCUUUUAGAGAAGUUUGCCAAUCGGCAAUUAAUUAUAACGAAGUUGUGGGAAAAAUGCCUGACUACUGUCCAAAUAACAAAACAAAAACAAAUGGAAUAUAAACAAAAAAUAGAAGAAAGUACAAAGACAUUAGAAUGGAUUACAAAAUUUGAGACAACACUAUAUCCAAUGAUAACAAUAUCAUCUUCUAGAAUAGGCGAUAUUUUAAAUCAUUUAGAAGAUUUAAAGGAAAGAAUUCCAUCUCAAUUAAACAAAGCUCUCCAUGAAUUGGAUGUUCGAAUAAAAAACAUUCAAGAAUUUGUCAAAAAAGAUGAAAAUAAAGCAGCUGGGCAGAUUUCGCAGAGCCUUAUGGAAAUGCAUGAAAAAAUAAACAUUAUUGUCAAAGGUUAUGAGAUAUUAUUAGAAUCUUUAAUUUCUAUUUUUAAGAAUCUCGAGGAGAUUGAGUGUAAAAUUGAUGAAGCAAAGCAAGAAGUUGAACAUGCGUCAGAAUUGAUUAAUGUAGAUAGUUUGUUAAACAAAUUUGACAUAUUGAAAACACAUAUUACGGAAUCUUUACAAUAUGUACGCACAAAAUCAGAUGAAAUAAUGAACAAUAUUAUAUUACAAGAACCGUUGAAAUUAGCAACACAAGAUAUUGACAAACUAAAGCAUACGAUAGAUUCCGUGAAUGUCAAAUUCGAAUCGUUCCAAAUCGAAACAACAAGCCAUUUCGAAAAGCAUCAACGACUCUGCGUUUUUAAAGAAGAUCUUGAAAAGAUUAAUUCGGAUCUACAUGAAUUAAACAAACAGCUGAAAAACAUGGAUGAAAGAAUCGGUGACAACUUAUUAAUAUCAAAAGCAACAUUGGCAGCUUUUGAACAGUUUGAGCAAACGAUGACGACUUUAGAAGAAAGAAUUGAGACUUUUGUAAAGAAAACAGAAGAAAUAAUUGUUCCAUUAACUCCACAAGUGACGGAUGAAAUUUUAUUUCUACAAAACAGAUGGGAUCAUUUGAAGAAAUGUGUUAAAGAUACUAAAAAGAGAAUGAAUUUAAGCAUUGAUUAUUUUAUGCUCUUGGAAGAAGCCAAACAGUGGUUUAGAGAAGGUAGUAAACUUUUGAUGAUUGUUGCACGUAAGGCAACGAUAGUCAAAGUGCCUGAAGAAGCUAUCAAUUUAUUGCGAGAAAUUGAUGCUUAUAUAAAACUUGGUGAAGAACAACAAGAAAGGAGAAUUGAGAAGCUGAAACAAUUAUCGACAAUAGUUUUUGGUACAGACAGACUUCCGCAAUUCAACGAGGUGGUAGUAGAGAAUCGACAGAUGCUAGAUUCCUUUGCAGUUAUUUCUUCCGAGUUACGUACUCUAAGUCAAAAUUUACAGAAUGCUGUAGAUCUUCGGGAGAAAAUGCGAAUCGAACAACUUGAAGCUGAUAAGAAGCUACAAGCUGUUAAAAUAGAAAUAGCCGCAGUGGAAGCUGCAAAAAUGGAAGCGGAAAAUGCGAAGAAACUUGCAGAACAACUUGCUUCUGAGACCUUAGACAAAGCUGCAAUAGAGGCGAAGAAAUUAAAAGAUGAAGAAGCACGAAAAUUUGUUCCUCCCGUCUCUCACUCUGUGUCUGCCAAAACUGAUGAGACCAUAGUUGAAGAAACUAUUACUUCCGCUGUGGAAACUAAAGAAAUUCAUAUUCUUCAGAAGAUGGAAGUCGAGAAAAGUGUUCCUGUUAUUCGAAAAGAAACUAGUCCUCCAAGAAAACUUACAUCUAAGGAGAUACAUCAAGACAAAUCAUACGAAUGCGCUGAAAAAACACAAACAGAUAAAAUAGAUUUAUUAGCACCAGAAUUCACAGUUGCUUUGAAUGACGCGACAGUUCAAGAAGGCAAAGAAUUCAGUUUUGAAUGCCACUUAAUUGGUCAACCGACACCAGAAGUAGUGUGGUACAAAGAUGGAAUAUCGAUUUUGAAUAAUCCAGACUAUUUAACAACUUAUAUGAAUGGUGAUUGUACUUUAAAAAUAGAAGAAACGUUCGCUGAGGAUUCUGCCAAAUAUACUUGCCGUGCCUUUAAUAUUCAUGGUUCUGUUGAAACAUCAGCCAUUUUAACUGUCAAAGAGAUUAUCACGGAAGAACAGCCAAGUGCUCCUGUUUUUGUGAAAGAAUUGCAAUCUUCCUUUGCGAAAGAAAGAUGUUCUCAUAAAUUAGAAUGCACUGUUAAAGGAAAUCCUUUACCAACGGUACAAUGGUACAAAAAUGAUGUUAACAUUGAUAAUUCUCCAGAUUACAUUAUUACUUUUAAUAACGGAGAAGCGAUUCUAAAAUUUAAUGAAGUUUCCUUGGAAGACAAAGGUUCAUACACCUGUAAAGCAACAAAUCAAUGGGGACAAUUGUCUACUAGUGGUUUUCUAAGCGUGAAACCUGCACAAAUUUCUGCAAAAGAACCAUAUUUUGUAAUACCGUUAUCAAAUGUUAUGGUUAGAGUAGGGCAAAGAGUGAAACUAGAAUGCGAAGCCAACGGAGAUCCGAUUCCUGAAUUAAUCUGGACUCAUGAUGGAAAGUUGAUUGAAGAAAGCAAAUAUCAUAAAAUUCAAACAGACGGUGGUCGAACAAGUUUGACUAUUACGGAAGCUUUUCCAAAGAAUGCUGGUUCUUACAUGGUAACUGCCAAUAAUAAAACGGGGAAAGCUACUGUGUCUUGUAUCGUUUCUGUGAAAGGACGUUUGCUUCAUGAAACCAGUGAAUCCGAUUUUGUUUGUAGCGACACGGAAUCCAUAGUACCAAAAUUUCAAUUACCCUUGCAGGAUCUUAAAAUUCAAGAAGGACGAUCAGCUAGGCUAGAUUGUGUGAUUGUAGGUCAACCUGAACCGGAGGUAAUUUGGUAUCAUAAUGAACAGCCUGUAAAAGAAUCAUCAGACUUCCAAUUACUCUUCCAAGGUGAUCGAUGUUCAUUAGUUAUUCAUGAAGCUUUCUUGGAUGAUGCUGGUGUAUAUAAAGUAGUUGCUAUUAAUUCUAGUGGCGAAGCUUCUAGUCAAUGUACAUUAACAGUUACGCCGGCAUCUCACAUUUCAAAGGAAAAAGAAAAAACUCUUGCUAAUGGUAUCGCGCCGAAAUUCAUUAAAUUUCCGACGGAUUUGCUAGUAGCUGAAGGAGAAGAUGCAAUUUUUGAAUGUGUCGUAAUUGGAGAACCUAAACCUGAUUUAAGAUGGUAUUUUGACAGCAACGAAAUAGUUCACAACGGAAGGAUUUUAAUUGGGGAAAAAACAGAUGAAACAAGUUUUUUAAAAAUUUCAUCAACAAUACCAAAAGAUAAAGGCAAUUACAUGGCCAAAGCCAUAAAUGUACAUGGUGAGGCAAAAGUUUUUACGAGAUUGGUUGUGAAAUCACUUGGUGAUUUUAAAAGGAACGAAGAAUUUAUUCAGAUGGAAGAAAAAUUAAUUCCACCAACGUUCAAAGAAACAUUUCAAGACAGAAAAAUACUCAAAGGAGUUUCAACAAAAUUUGAAUGCAUCGUCACUGGUAAACCUUUUCCUAAGAUUCAGUGGUUGUUUAAUGACCAGUCAGUUCAUGGAAAAAAUUUUUUAAUUUCCGUUAGUGGGGAUAGACAAGUUUUGACGAUUCCUGCAGUUGAAGAUGCACAUGUUGGUACUAUUUCUUGUGUAGCGGAAAACGUGGCUGGUAAAACGAUUUGUAGCGCUAAAGUAGAAAUUGAGCGUGGAUCAGCGGACCCAGCUGCAAGUGAAAUAAAAAAAAUACUCGAAUUAGUUCCACAUUUUCCUACAAGCAUUAUGCAUCCCGCAAGUAGUGGUGACAAACAUUUUUCAAGCGAGAAAACAUAUCACAAAGAUGGUAGCGAAAGUCAGGUGUUGACCAAAAUGUCGUCGACUGUCACACAUUCUUCAACAAUGUCUACGAAAAAGGAAUUCUUAUCUUCUACUAUGACUUCCACUUUAUCGCAAUCUGGACACAAACCUGCCAGUAUUUGCACGAAAACAACUGUGCAAAGUUCCAAACAAUCCACUUCAGAAAAUGGAGCACCACCUGUCGUACAGUCUCACAAGAUUGAAGAAUAUGAAAAAAUCAUACAAGACCAGCCUAACGAAAUAAAACAAGAAAAAACUGUUCUCGUAACUGAAGAAACAGGAGACGUAAAACACGAUGUUAAGACAAGUCAAGUUCAAAAACCAUCUAGGAAAUUGGUUGAACCAAGAUUUAUUUCACCAAUUACAGGAAUGAUUGUCGAUCAAGGAGCUAAUGUAAUUCUUGAAGGUAUCAUUGAUGGUUUUCCACAACCGAAGAUUUUAUGGUCAAAAAAUGGUCAAGAGUUGACAUUGAAAGAUAAUAUAAAAAUUAGUUAUGCGCAUAAUCACGUAAAAUUGGAACUGAAAAAUGUUAAUGCAAACGAUGCUGGACGUUAUACUUGCACGGCGAGCAAUGAUAUUGGAAGUGCUAGUAGCACGUCUGACUUGGUUGUUAAAAAAACAAUAUUUCCCCCGGUCUUCGGUAAGCGUCUUAAAGCUCAAGUAGUGAAAAAAGGAGAUCGGAUUAUUAUGGAGGUAGAAAUUACUGGUAUUCCUGAGCCUACAGUCAGUUGGUAUAAAAACGAUGUACUGAUCAAUAAACAACCACAAUUGAGAAUUAUUCAACAAGGAAAUUGUUAUACGUUGCUCAUUGACAAAGCUGAAGAGAAAGAUGCUGGUAAAUACAUGGUACGAGCGAUAAAUGCCGGUGGCGAAGCGCAGAGUAUCGCUGAUAUUGCGAUUUUUGAACCAAAGCCUGAUAUGUUCGAAAUACAUAAGACUGUUAUUUACGAAAACGUUCAAGAUAAAAAUGUCGUCCAGUCGGAGGGGAAGAAAGAAGAUAUAUCAUCAAGUAUUUUAAAGAGUGAACAAAUACCAGCGGCAGCAACCGAGUUAAUCGGAUUACUUAAACCUGUUAUGACAUCAACUGCAAUUGACGGUAUGCAAAAGAAAGACAGAUCGGAAAUAAAGGCUAGUAAAUCAGAAACAAUUUCAUCUUUAAUUGAAUCCCAUGAAUCCGAAACGAAGUCAGAACAGAAAUAUCAUAUAAAAUUGGAACAUAAAACGCCAUCCAUUGUGGAAUCCAAACUUCAAACCGAGCAAACGAUGGUAACAAAGAUGGUCGAUAGUGAUAGAACAGAUAUUACGAAACCAAUAGAAAUAGAGAAAACAUCAGUGAUUAACAAUGAAAACAUAGAGACUUCUACAAUUGCAAAGAAAGAUGCAUUGAGCUUUUUCGAAUCUAUUACCAAGGAACGUGAAAUAAUGCCAAAAGAGUCAAAGGAAAUGAUUAAACUAACAGAAGAUGGACAAGUUCAAGAAAAAAAAGUUGAAAAAUUAACAAAGGAUUACGAGCGAGCAAGUACAUACCAAGAAGCAAAGAAAUUGGAAGUAAGACCGUCUGAGUUUCAAACAACAAAAAAGGCCGCCCAGAGUGUUUUUACGAAAUUAGAACAAGGAUUAUCAUCUCGGGGAGUAGAAAAUAAACUAUUUGAAUUUCCAUAUGAGAGUUCUAAACUACAACCAAAACUAAAAGAAACUGUAGAAGAAAAAAUAGCUUCUGAUUUGCAACUACAAAUUCAGACCAAAAGUUCUGAAUCAACUAUAAAAAGUUUAGAUCUUGUGCCGGAACCACCUCCCGAGAUAUGCUAUAUGCCAAAACCAGAAGAAAAAAUAAAACGGCUUGAUGUAUUCAUCAAAGCAAAACAGCUUCAGGAAUCUUUUGAUAAAACUCUAUCUCCAAUAGAUGCUCCAGUUGGAGGGGUGAAGAUCUUUCCUAUGUUUACUCCAACAGUAGCAGAAUCCACCAAAGCAGCGGAACCUGUUUUUGAUUUAACAUUACCGCCAUUUGUAUACGAAAAAAACGAAAUAUGCGCGAAGACAUUCGAAGAGACAAGUGUAAAGAAAGAUGCAUAUGAGAAAAACAAAAAUGAAUAUUUUAAAGAAGUGAAAAUGGAACCAUCAGAAUACACUUCAACAUCUGUUUUGAGAAGUAUGUCUCCUAUUAGACCGUGGUCAUCAUCAUCAGAUGUGGAAACCAAAUCUCAUGUAUCUAUAGACUUUUCAGAAGACAAAUGUCAUUCGGCUGCUUCUGAUCAUCAAAAGAUUUUGAAAUCUACAUCACCAAAACCAUCUGCGGAUACUUUAGCAAUAGAAAAAUCAUGGGCAAAAAAAUAUGCAGAUUCAAAUAGAAAAUCGUGGCCACCGCAAAUCAAAUCUAAUCAGAAAUAUGAAUGGAAUGUUCCUUCUGAUGAAUAUAAAAGCUUUUCAAGAGAAUAUCAGGAAAAAAUUGAGGAAACGCCGCAAGGCGAAACAAAGAGAAUUAGUACGGAAUCGUCCGCCAAAGUGGAAAAACACUCAUACAGUAGCAAAGAAAAAUUCACUGAAAAGACAGUGGAAGCAUCUCCUACAUCAAAAUUAGGUUCAAUAAUCUAUAACGCCGAGACGAUUAAAGUUGAUCAUACUGUAAAUACUGUGCAAGAGAAGGCUUUGUUCAAGAAAUACACUACUGAAUGCAAUAUAGAGAAAGCUGAAACGACACAGAAAUUUAAAGAUUUUAAUUCGAAAUGUUGGACAGAAGAUAAAGAAUUAAAAACACCUAGUUUGAUAAAAAAGAUUGAGCCAACUAAAUCGCUUGCAACACCAGACUAUCUUAUGGAAAAAAGAGUUAACUCAGUUGUUAUUAAGCCAGGAUCCCCUCCAGAAAUUGGAUAUAUUUCACCACCUGUUGUAAAAGAGGAAACUGUACUGGAACAUACUACAAAGAAAAAAAAAAUAGAACCACCCGUUCUUCAACCAAGAAACGUACAUAUUAUACCGCCGCCUGUUCCAGCUAAAAAACCUAUUAAAUUUUCGGUACCAGUUCCAUCAAAGUUCAUUAAAAGUUCUUUUACUCAUGAAAGUGAUUAUGAGUCUGAUUUUGAUAGCCGACCGAGAGCAAAAUGGAGACCUUAUGAAAGUGAUAGCGAAGAACCGUAUUUUCGACGAGUCAAAGCACCUAUUUCAAAGCACCCGCGACCAAGAUCCACUGAACCCGAACCACUUCCGCCUUCAAAAUUCGAAACUCCUGCACAAUUUACAGGACCAUCUAAAUCACUAGUUACUAUAGAAUCUUCUGAAAAAACGGCAAAAAGAAUAACAUUUAAACGGCAUGAAAAAGAAUUUAAACAACAGCAAAGUCCUAUUUCUUUGAAACCCGGUUCGCCACCAAUUUAUGUACAAUCAAGUACGAAAGGUUCUACAAAAUCUCUUUCUGUAAAAAAACCGGAAUCUCCAAAGUUUAAAGCAAAAGUUUUUCAACAAGAAAGCGGUUAUAUGGCAGAUACUGAUGAGCCAUUCCAGCAGAAGGUUUCAUCUAUGACACAAAAAUCUUUUGGAAAAUGCGAUGCUUUGUCAACAAUUCAAACAGAAAGCCAUACUACGUGCAGUGAGAAUAAAAUGAAGUCCUUCGAAAGUCAUAGUUAUGAAAGUGAUUAUUUGCGAAAAGAAGAGUCUUCCCCAAUCUCGCCACGUAUUUGUGCACAAGCGACUCCUAAAGCCGUUCAACAGCAAUUCGAGAAGAACAUAAAGGAGUAUUCCAUGAAUCAAUUAUAUAGAAAAUUGGAAUCAGUAGAAAAAAUUCCGUCAACUUCUCCGGAUCCUUCGAAAAUAGUGAAGGCUGAUUUCCGCGAGAGCGACUACGAGAGUGACUAUGAUAUUAAACCAUCAUUAUGUCAUAGUAUUAGCGCUACGAAAUUUAGUAGCACUGAUUCAGGAAAACCGAUGGAGCCAAGCUCGCCUCAUAAGCAACAUACAAUAACACCAACAAAACCAAAAACUGUUCUCUUACCUGGUUCUCCGCCAGAAAUCGCUUAUGCACCACCUCAAUCGCCACAACAAUUUUACAAAGCACAUACAAGCAUGCCAUUUACCAACGCAAUGGGCACAGAGAUGAAAAAAACAGUGAAAAUGGACGAAUCAACGGAAAAUGCAAGAAGGAUUGUUACUGUUAAACAAACAAGCCGCGUUAUUAAGUUUGGUGACAUCAAUGCUACAUCUGCCCAGAAACAGCAAAGGACUAAUUGCUAUGUGCCUAAACCAAAAAAAUUUGUGCAAGGACAAUUUCGGGAAUCAGAUUAUGAAAGCGAUUCAAGUAGAAUUCGAUCAAAAUGGGCUCCAGCAGAUAGUGACACAGAAGAACCAUAUUACCGAAGAGUUCAACCACCUAAAGAAAGAAGUCCAAGAUCUUUAAGUGCACCGGUUAGAUCGACACACAUUGCAUCCCCAAUGGAGUUUGACACCGGUCCUCCGACAAUGUCGCAAAUUUGCAGAGAAGAUACAAAUAAAAAGAUGCAAAAAUAUCAGCAGCAUACAACUUCUGAAAAGAUCGAUAACACUUUACAGCCUGGUACACCGCCUGAAUACGGAUUCAUCUCAAGAAGCAAUGUUAAAAAAGCAGCAAGUCUGCUUGACGGAUGAACAAUUUUACUGGGAAUGAACAACACUUUACAUGUAACAAAGAUAAGUUAUAAGUUUUUUCUCUCUCGUCACAUAAUACGCAUCGAAUUUACUCACGCACUUGAUCGAGUAAUAUAUAAAUCUAUCGAUUCAUUACAUAUUCAUCACUACUGAGUAAAUCAUUCCGCGGCUUAUUUUUAAGAAAAAAUUUAAUUAAAUUACAGUAAUUACAUAUAAUGCAAUUACUGUAAUCAAUCAGAAAAUUGUUGUCAUUUACAAAAUAUAUCACGUAUCAAUAUUGUUACAAAGAACUCCGCAGUUUUUGUGAGGAAAAAUGGGUUUUAUAGGAAUUGGCUCAAAUUUUGGUAAAAGAUAGCUAAAGGCACGCUGAUUAAAAGUUGUAAUUGUCAAGUCAAUCAUAUGAGCCGUUUUCGACGCACCGGUGCAUAGUGGGAAAAAAGGCUCAUUUUUUGGACAAAAAUCUACCGACAGUGCAAUUUUCAACCAAUUUUAAAAUUGUUUGGCUUGUUUUACCCGUUAAAGUUUGCUCUUUGACGUAGUGCUGCGGCAUUAUCAAUAUAAAGUUGAAAUAGAAAAUGGCGGAUAAAAAUAGAGCGUCGAAAGCGUUAAAAUGUUAUCAUUGCAAUGACAUAUUCCUGAGUCAAUUCUGAGACGAUUUUUUUACAAAAAUUUUAUCUAAAGUUCAUUUUUUAAAUCAUUAAAUAAAAUAGUUACCAAAUGUAUACACACACACAAUAUAUGUGUAUAUAUGCACGCGCGUGAGGCUUGCAUGCGUGUACGUAAUAUAUCAAUAUACUAAAAAAAUACUAGAAGAUUCCGUAUGAUAUCAUAAAUAUAUAUUACAGGAUAUUCUCAGUACAUUCGUAGAAGCAAUUUAGAGCUCUGAUAGAAACUUGUUUAGCAUAUCCUCAGUAUAUCAUAGUACGUAUAUCAAAUGUUCCAAGAAGAUUAGUCAUAUACGGUUAUGAUAUUCUUAAAACAUUCUCAGAAUAUACUUGUUCCGUUAGGGUCAGGAUAUGUUUCUUUAUGUAUUUUGACUCGUUGAAUUCGAAUUCGAGAUUAGAAUUAGUCGUUCAUGUCUUAGGUUGCCCCUAAUCUUAAAUAACGGCUCAAAAUACUAAGAAUAUGGUAGUUUUGUAUACAUGUGUCUUUAGACUGCAUAAUAGAAACGUUUCAUGAUAUGUUUCUUUAUGUAUUUUAACACGCUAAAUUCGAGUUCGUGGUCAGAAUUAAUCAAAUUUAAGUUUAAUCAAUCUUAUAAACAGCUUAAACUCUCAUAAAAUGAGAAAUGGGAUCUUCUGGGGGGGGGGGGGAUCUUAAAAAAUCAAAAAUUCUUGUAAAACGUACUUUGUUUUCGAAAUUGCAAAUAUUACAAAAUCGAGACGACAAGUUACACUUCUAGUCUCGAAAAUUGUUAUUUCUGUAUGAUAAAUCUAACUGGAAUAAAUGUCAAAAAGAAGUGAAGUUUCUCAUAUGCCAAUAUUUCAAGCUUAACGAAAUCAAGUUUCAUGAGAUUUCCAUCCCAUUUCCCAUGGAAUUUUGAGCCGUUUCUAUGGUUAAUUAAACUUAAAUUUGAUAAACUAAUUUUGACCACAAACUCAAACUCAGCGUGUCAAAAUACGUAAAGAAACAUAUCCUGAAUCAUUUCUGUUAUGUAAGGUAAAAGUACCCAGUUAGUCAGGCCUGUUAAAAUCAAAUUUCGUAAAAGCUUUAUAGCAAAAAUUGAUUCAAUUUUGAGAGUGGUCUUCACUUGGACACUGUACAAUUAGACACAAUGCAGAUGGACACGUUGCAAAUGGACACAAAAUAAUGUAUACAGUUCAGAUAGACACGGUUUAUUUGAACCGUGCCAUGUAAAAAAUGCGUAAAUUUCAAAUGUCUGUAUAUGUAUUUUUACGAGCAUCUUGUUUUGCGUGAAAAGUCGCAAACCCGCGUGGUGCAGAGAAUGCUUUACACGCACGCGCGCCUCCACUCCCCCGCCCACGCGUUUUCAGGUGCAGAAAACACGUACAGAAAACACGUGGAUAAAGGAGAAGCUUUGCACCUUUCGGUAUUAAUAAAAUUAACUAAUAAUACUCGAAUUGUGGUAGAUGAGUUUUAUGAAGUUUUGAACAUUUAACGUCGUGUUUUUCAAAAAACUAUUAUCUUUAUGACCAAAAUCAAUAGAAUAUAAAAUAUGUAUUUCGAUGAUCUACAACUUUUAUCUGAAGUAUUUUGUGAAAUUUCUAUUAUUUACGGAAAUAAAUGGAAAAACCGUGAUUUUUAUGGUAGCCAUUGAAAAUCAAAUUUGCGCCAAUAUUCACUAUCAUAUUCGUAAUCAGCGUGCCAAAAUACAUAAGAAUACAUAGUUUAAAAAAAAUCGGGGCUUCGACCUAUACGGGGAAGUUUAUCCGUACAAAAAGUCCAAAAAGCCAAAAAGUUGUUGGCAAUAAGAUACUUUAAUAUAACAUAAAUUGCACUUUUUAUUUUAUCUUAUUGUUAAUAAUAAAAAUAAAGAAAAAAAAUGUUGCUGGAGGUCGAAACACAGUUUUGGCGUGAGGGAGCCAACCUAGCUCUAUAACUUACAUUGCGCAUAGCGCCCUCUAAAGGCGCCAUUCAAGCGAAAUAUUGCACGCAUAAAUUCUACUUGACAAGAUCUUUCGAAUGAUAUAUAACACAUAUCCAUUCGCGAUUAUCUCUUGGUGCACUUCUCUUGUCAGAUUUAGAUUCAACCGUUAAAAUCCACAGAAAUAUCUAUGUCUGGUAUACAGGUCAAAUCACUUCUUUUUAUUUUGGUGUAGCUGUUAUUAAUUUACUUAAUUUACUCAAAAUUACAUAAAAAUAAAGCUUUUUUUUAAUGCGGAGGAUUUCGCCCUCGCAGACCCCUCUUAAAUUUUUCACUUUCCGCCCUAAACCACUUCCCGCCUCCGUUAUUUUCUAUGCACUUGUAAUAAAAA